AUGCACCAUCACACCCCAUCAGACCCCGCAAUAGAGAACACCCGCACCUGGGGUCACUUCACACCGAUCCAUCACCAUCAUCCCACACAGAUCCAGAACACGUCAGACACAGACAUGAACCGUCAUCCCCCAUCAGCCCCUGCUGCAGCGGUGUCUGAUCCGCUCUCAGCGAGCUCCAGCGCUCCUCCGGCGUCUGUGCUGUUCGUGGCCACAGCUUCAGUCCUGGUGAUUCUACCUCCUGAACAAACAGCCACAGCGCCUUCAUGUGGAUCGAAGUUUACCGCCAUCGCUCCCGCUCCAGCCCGCGACUCAUCCACACACAGAGCCGCCCCGUCACGGCCCCGUCAUCACGUCUGCUCUCAUCCCGACUGCGGGAAAACAUACUUCAAAAGCUCCCACCUUAAAGCACACCUGAGAACACACACAGGUGAGAAGCCGUUCAGGUGCUGCUGGGACGGCUGCUUACGGCGGUUUGCCAGAUCUGAUGAACUGUCCCGUCACCGGCGCUCGCACACCGGAGAGAAGCGUUUCUCCUGCCCGGUUUGCCACAGCCGCUUUGUGCGCAGCGACCACCUGACAAAACACACACGCCGCCAUCUAACAGCCAGGAGAACGCCGGUGUGGCAGAAGGAGGUUUACCGUCUGAACAGCAUCAGUGCUGUCUGUCACCUGCAGCCUCUGGCACCUAAACACUCGAGCUGA